GCCGCCCUCCCCGCCGGCCGCUGCCCUCCUUCCCCGCCGCGCCGGGGCACCGCGGGGCCGUGCGGCGGCAGUGGCCGCGCUUCCCGUGGGGCAGGAGGGUGCUCCCGCAGCGCCGGGCGGGCGCCGCAGGAGCCCGAGAUGGCGGACAGCGCCGCGGCCACCGCCGCUCCUCGGGCCGGCGUGAAGAGCUCGGCGGGGCCCUGGUGGAAAUCGCUGACCAGUAAGAAGAAGCACAAAGAAGCGGCGGUAGCCCCUCCGCACCCCGCCGCCAGCGAGACCCCCACCGACCCUCCCAGCCCCGACGGCCGGGAGGAGCAGCCCCCUCCCUUCGGCAGCGGCGAUGCCGCGGGAACGGGAGUCGGCAGCCGGCGGAGCCUCCGAGUGUCGCACUCGGGCCGCUUCAAGGAGCGGCGGAAGGUGCGCACCUCGCUGCUGGCCGACAGCCCCGAGGUCUUCGACGGCGGCGGCGCACCAAGCCAUGCCGCCCAAGGGGCCGAGUAGCCCAGGAGGACAUUGCCGAGGAGCUGCCACUGGAUGGGUGGCCGGAGAACUGGCGGGACAGGCGGCCGGAGUCAGUGACUGCCCCACAGCUGUGCUUGGACCCAUGCUUGGUGACCUGUAGGCGUGUGGCAGCGGCCUCCCGGACACUGCGGGGAGCCCGGCACCGCUGCCAGGCGACGGAAUCGCGUGUUGUGUUACAUGAGCACCGCCAAUACCAAAUCCCCGGAUGAUGGGACGAUGUGAUUGUCUUUAAAAAAACCCACAAAUAAACACCCCACUCCCUGUACUGUGGUGAGCGGACUCAAAGGUGCUAUCCCAAGGCCGAUGGUGGGGUCUCUGAACCUUCCCGCAGCCCUUGCCAGGAGCCAACGUGUUGACUUCUGAGGCCUGUGACCCAGCUCCUUUUGGCUCUCAAGCCGAGGAGGUGCAACAAAGUGCUCUUAUCUAAUUUCAGGGCCGAGGACCUCCGGCGGUGCCGAAAGCACGCCUGUCCUGCCGUUAGCCACGAACACAUCCUCCGCCCCCCACGGGGGUCAAAAGAGAGGUAUUGUGAGGGGCAGGCUCUUGCAUUCCCUCAUGUCCCACAUCAGAUCACAUUUACACAUGGAAAAGGCAGGACCAUGCUGGUGUUCUCCCUCUUCUUACUGUGUUGUUGAGCAGAUGUUUCAGAGACUGGUCCCUCAUAGUUAUGUUCAGAGGGAGGCCCAUGUUGUCUAGCAAUUCGCACUAUUUAUCCAGGGGAUACAUGAUUUUUGCAUAAUUGGUGAUAACUGGCAUAAUGAAGCUCCAAUGAAGAACUUGUGUGAUAAGAUGCAAACAUUGUUCUGGGAGAUGAGACCAGCCCUGGAGAGCACAAGCAGGGUUGCAGUUCUAAUGUGGAAAUAGGCUUGGGUACCCCUGGAAGUGUUUACUGUUUACCACGUCCAAGGCUUUUGAAGCAAGGUUAAGUGCCCCAGGAUUUCUUAUUAUGGUGAGAUAAUUUGCUUUCACUUGAGCAGUUAUCUGCUCCCUCUAAGUGCUCUUGGAUUUUUGGACGAGUAAAUAUAAGCCAGAUUUGUACUGGUGGUGCGUGCCUUACAGAGCAAAAUUAGUUAAAAAUACUUGGCAAUUAUACAUUUCUUGAUAAUAGGUGAUGUAGCAACAACUGACUUAUUUAUUUUAAAAGCAUUUGCAAUAUACUUUAUAUUGUUAAAAUGGUUUUAGACCUUUUCUGAAUACAAGAUACUACAUAAUGGCAGGGACUGAAGAUUAUUUCCUAACAGUCAAGUAUUUUGCAGUUAUGAUUUUGUUUGGUUGUAACUAAUCAUUUGCGGUCAAUUAAAAAUAAAAAGUGACUGGAAAGGAAAUAAGAACUGAGUUCCAGUUGAAAAUAUGGAUUAAACCGGCCACUGACAAUCACUGAAAUGAUGCACUAGAUGCUGGGCAAGUGCCCCAUGGUUCAAUGUGCACAAUAAUAUGUAAUGAGCCUUGAAAGCUCCUGUGCAAUAAACUCAAGACAACCUAACUGCUGAGGUGCUCACUGGUCAUUCACUCCUUCAGACUCUGGAACCCAAAGACAAAGGGACUAUAGCAUCAAAUCGAUUUCCAUGAAAGCUUUUUCUUUUUUACCCACUGUGUAGAUACUUGCUUUUUAAAUUUCAUUAAGUAAAACUACAAGGUACUGGAUUUGGACUGCCUUUUUAUGUUGUUGACUCCAUGCUGAGCAAGCAAAGAUCUGGGGCAGGGUGAGGGGAGCUCUUUAAACUUUCUCCUCAGAGGUGCUUUUCUUACGGGAGGCCUCUUCAGUCAAGGGGCAUCUGAAAGACUUCUCUUGAGAGGAAGCAAUUGGAGCAAACCUAUUCUUGGAAAAAGGGGGGUGAGAGAGAAGGAGGAAAGUUUAAAAGCUGGAAUCAGAGGUGGAUAAAGAAGAACCGUAUUCCAGUUACGGUUAACCCAGGAUGGGAGUGAGGGGUAAGGAGGCAGAAAGGGAUGGCUUUCCUGCCAGGGUUGUCAUACUACCUUUGGAAGGCAAACUGUUCAUGUUUGUCACAGGCAGAAACAGUCUGCCUGUAUUUAUGUAUUCUAUGGUCCAAAGAAACGUUUUUGUAUGUGUGUCUCCAAAAUGGAAGAACAAGUAACUAGAAAUUGCACUGAUGCAUUUCUUAACUCCUGUAUCUGGUUUGGUGUGAGUUCUGUGAGGGUCAAAUCCUCAGAACUACCCAGAGGGUGGAGAAUGAAUUCAGGCUAUUGUUUUAUAUAGCUCAUGUAGAUGCUUUUCUGUAUUUUUAAUCCUUUCACUUUUGUGAAAAUACAGUUUCCUCCUCUCUUCUGUACCUCAAAGCUGCAUUGUUCUACAGUAAACCUCUGUUUGCUCUUUGGAAAUGCCUCAGGUUUGUUAGUUGCAAAUCUUUACCUAGGCAUAAGAAAUCUCCGAUUUGGUUUUUAUUUGAGAAGUCUGGCAUGCUGCUGCUAAGAUUCAGUAUCAAUACUGGUUAAUAUGUGACUAAAUAUUAGCCAUGUCUUAAUCCUUGCAUAUGAUACUUUAUCUUGGAAAUUUGGUCAGAAUAUGGAGUCAAUAAACACAUGUAAAAUGCCUCACAGCCCUCCUCCAUCUUUAUCCUGACCUUGAGCUGUGGGAAGGAGACGUAAUUCUAUCUUCCUGCUCAGUCAAAUCCUUGCUUCAAUGAAUAUGAUAGCAGCCACUGAAAAACUAGAUCCAUGAGAAAAGGGGCUGACUGCCUCGUCUCACUUUCCUCACCCUCUGUGACAGCAAUACCUGCAGCUUAGUGCUCACCCAUGUACCAGGAGGAGGGAGAAGGCCUCUUGGCCAUAACCAGCCUGUUGCACGGAAAUAGUCCUCUUGUUUCUCAGCCUGAGCACCAAAUAAAGCUUAAGUAAUCUGUACACAUGUAAAUGAAUUAAGCUGAUACAAAAAAAAAACUCUUGGCAUUUUAUGGAGCACCUGAAUCAUUUUUUUUAACCCUUGAAGUGGAAAUCAUUUCUUAUGUAUUGGACAAUACUUGCUCUGUUGUAACAAUAGUGCAUUUCUGGGCAUUGGAUUAUUAAAAGGCAGUUUGCACUCUUAA